AGGGUGCUUUUGUAAUUUUACUUCUUUUAUGUGGCUCAGGUGAAGGGACUGAUACUCCAUCUCGUUGCCCUACCGACGAUUCUGCCGUGCUGUCGCCGUCCUUCGAUUUGCCGGACUCACCACGGUCUCCUUCCUUUCGAGCUAUCUCUGCAAGCUUCUUCCCCUUGCCGCAUCGGUCUGGUCUCCAUGGAAAGCUUCUGAGUUUGAACAGGAAUGUAAACUCAAGCGAGGAUUAUUUAUUCAAGAGGAAAAGAAAUGGGUAUAUCCAUACUUAUUGGGUUGAAGGCAACUACUCUGUUGUUGGCAUUUUACUUUGUCAGAGAACUGGGAGUAAACUUGAUUCAUCUACCACUUUUGCAUGCCUCUUUGGUUUCAUAUUUAAUUGCCAUUGCAUCUCUUCCAGCAGUGAAUCUUCCACUGCUUUUGGGAAAGAGUUCUGAUGGAAAGUUUCCUCUCUGGUCACUGAUCAUAUUCGGACCUUAUCUUUUGUUCAUUCGUUUAUUUGUGCUCUUGAGGAGAUGGAAGAGUGGGGAACCUUUGUACAGUGAAAUUUCUGAAGGUAUAUAUGUUGGUGGCUGGCCUACUUCCAUGGAUCAUUUGCCUCCUGGCAGACCUGCAGUGAUUGAUUGUACAUGUGAGCUACCUCGGAGCUCUGCACUUACUCCAAAUGGAUAUUUGUCUGUUGCCACUUGGGAUACAAGAGCCCCUCAACCGUCUCAAAUCGAAUCUGCAGUUCGUUGGGCAUGUAGAAAAAGGACACAGAAGGUUCCUGUAUACAUCCAUUGUGCCUUUGGUCACGGAAGAAGUGUGUGCGUGACAUGUGCUGUGCUCGUCGCAUUAGGUUUGGCUGACGAUUGGAAAAGUGCAGAGAAGAUUAUUCGAGGAAAGCGGCCUUUCAUAAUGAUGAACAAUCUUCACCGCAAAAACCUAGACGAGUGGUCCAAACAUCGGCUAUCACCGAAAAGAGAUGGAGUAUCAUCUGUUAGUUCUGCAAUUCUUUCUGAGAGAUCAUAAAGUGCAGUCAGUGUGACUACACACAUCAUGAAAGUGUUGUAUUCUGAAAUUUCUGAUUUUUGUGUUCUUCACAAAUCAUGUGUAAGACUAUUAUUUUCUAAAUUACAAACGUUUAUUAUUCA